CUAUUGUGACAAUUGUUAUCUAUAACUGAUUCGUUAUUUACUUAACUAAUGAAGUUACGGAAGUUCUACCAAACAAAUAAAUGGUGAGUUUGCACAUUAAACUGGUCCAAAUUGGUGUCAAUGUUCUACCAAAUUAAUUUACAGGAUUUUUGGUGAAAAUGCCGCAGAUUCCACCCCCAAAAGAGCACAAAUAUGUGGACUCGUUCUGGUGUAUGUACAUGGUAUCAGUUGUAGGAGCGUGGAAUGCAGAGUUAGUGACUUACCCGUUAGAUUUAUCGAAAACACGACUGCAAAUACAGGGUGAAGUCGCAAACACCAAAGAUGCGAAGAUGGUCAAAGCCCCCUAUCGGGGCUUAUUCCGCACUGCCGUGGGCAUCGUUACCGAAGAGGGCUUUUUAAAGCUAUGGCAGGGGGUUCACGCGGCCUUGUACCGCCACUUGUUCUACUCAGGCACCCGAAUUGUCACCUACAAGCAUCUUAAAGACAAAUUUUUCGACUCUAGCACGGAGCAGUACUUCCCUGUGUGGAAAUCCGCCCUGUGUGGGGUCUCAGCGGGGGCUUUCGCACAAUACAUAGCCAGUCCCGCCGACCUACUCAAAGUGCAAUUACAAAUGGAAGGCAAGCGCAAAAUCAUGGGCCUUGCCCCACGAGUUAACGGUCUUUACGACGCCUUUAGGAAAACAGUCAGGACUGCGGGAGUGAGAGGACUCUGGAAAGGGUCAGUUCCGAAUGUACAAAGGGCCGCAUUGGUCAAUUUAGGCGAUUUAACGACCUACGAUUCGGCCAAAAGAUUCAUCAUGAGGAAUACUACGUUAGAAGAUAAUCAUUUAGUCCAUUGUUUAGCGAGUAGUAUGGCGGGGUUGGUGGCAGCACUGAUGGGUACUCCCGCAGAUGUAAUUAAAACAAGAGUCAUGAAUCAGCCAAUGGAUGAGCAUGGGAAAGGUUUGUUGUAUAAAUCGUCAAUCGAUUGUUUAAAAAAGUCGGUAAAAAAUGAGGGAUUCGGGGCGCUUUAUAAAGGGUUUUUACCCAUAUGGUUGAGGAUGGCGCCGUGGUCGUUGACCUUUUGGUUGUCGUAUGAAGAGGUUUUACGGCUGCUAGGGGCAGAACAAUUUUGAUAGCAGAGAAAUUAGUGUGAAAUUGUAUUUUGGGCAUGGUGUCGCAUAUUUUUUUGACUUAUUUAAAAAAAAAAGUUUUUCCAAAGCGCUAAAACUAAUUGGCAAUAUUGCCAACCUACGAUGGAAACGACCUUUACAGUUUAUGAUAUAUAUUUAUAAAGCAUAAUAAGAUUUACAACAAUAAUUGGUAAACUGUCAAUUAUAAUUACCACCUUACAUGAUUUUUCACUUAUUUGUGUUAAAAAAUUAGAGACAUUAAUUAUGAAUUAAUGACUAAAAUGCAAAAGCUGGCAGCUGUUUUUGUUAAAAGUCUAAAGUGUUUAUUUCCUUUUUCAUUAUAGAAAAAACAAACGGAAAUGCAGUUAAAUAUUUAAUAACUUAAUACAAUUGACCGUGGCCUGUUUUUUUUUAAUAUUAUUUUAAAAGAUAUGUCAUUAAAUAAGUGAAGGUUAAUUUAUUACGAGGCUGUAAUAAAAUUUAAACAUAUUUAAUUAAAAUCUUUAAGGAAAACCACGAAAAAAAUAUUUGUACAUUAUUAUACAUUUGUGCAUGAAAGCUGACUCAUGCUCAUGUAAAUCAACAAUCAACUGUUUUAAACAUGACUUUAUACAGAUUUACUAAAUUUUAUUUAUACGUACUUAAAAACUGAUCUCAGCUUAAAUUAUUCUUUUCAGCAAUGUUUUAAGUAUGUAUUUAGCUGUCAUUUUAAUGGCUAAAUGAUAAUACCAGUGCCAUAGCCAUAUACAAGGUGAUUCUAAACUGUCGGACUCAAAUAGUCAUAGAACACUUUCAGCUAAGCAUAAAAAUGAAAUAAGAUUUUUUUUCAAGUUCUUUUUAUUAAGAAAAAACUACUGACAAUUUCCAUAUUAUGUCUUUUUUGUUUCCAACGUAGUCGGAUUUAAUUUAUGGUUGAAUUUGUUAAGACAUAAAUUGGCAUUUCUUUUAACAGGUAUCUGUUUAAUGUUGCGAGAUCUGCCGUUCCCGCUAACUAAAUUCAAGAAUACAUGAUGAUACUAGUGUCAUAUAUUUGACAGGAACAUUGUCAUAAAACAAUGUUUAUUACAUUAAAAUUAAAAAUAACAAAUGAAUUUUUGUAUUUUUACAUAAUUUUAUAACAUGUGCUCAUUAAAAAAAAAUCAUUCGUUAUAUUAUUUUAUUUUGAGUGUUUUUAAUGCUUUAAAAAAGUUCUUAACGCUGGAAAAACUGUCAAAUACAUAAUUGCGAAAUUCUGCUAUAAUUAAUCGGAAAAUUUAAAAAUUAACUCAUUAAAUCCCCCCUUGGGAGAUAAACGAGCAAUUGUGACCUUUUCAUCUUAUCGAGACAUUUUAGUUGGGACGAAUUUAGUUAGCAUGAAUCACUAAACUUGAUCAAUAAGUCCGUACACAUCAAACAAUUCUAAAACUGAUAAUUCUGCUAAGUUGGGGCUUCCCCAAAUUACUGCUAAAAUCUCGGACCAGUCAAUGGACCAACAUGAGGGUCAAGGUCCCCAUAUCCUUGGCCUUCAGUUUUUACGAGACGAUGUCACAAUACAAUAACCUUCUAAAGACUGUUAAACUCGGAGUGGAAAAAUAUGGGAUAUCAUGCCAUGUUAAGUGGGAUUUUGAAAAUAUUAGUAUAUAGAACAAAGUGUGUUCACUGUAAAAAUCAAAACAGUCCAAAUGUGUCAAAUUCGCACGGAUGUAGCGCAACAAAUAGGUACCCUUUGUAUACACGAGAGUGCUUGAGUAGCUCUCGAAUUAGUGCCACAGUUUUAUUAGAGCCUACCUAUUUUUUAUAUUUGUACAAAAGGACAAUGUGAACUUGUAUCAUAGUAUUUUACCUCUAAAUCGCAAUACAAACAUUUUUUUUUAUUAUUGUGUUUUAAUUUUAUUUUUUUAAUAUUAAAUUUGUUAUGUAAAUUUAACCAGUGGACUAAUAUUUAGCCUAAUACGUAAAUUGUUGAACGAAAAAGGAAUUUUCCGAUAUUAUUUUGUUACAGUAAAUCAAUGGGUGAUAUUAAGGAAGUUGUACUAUUUCAUUUAUUGUUUUAAAAUUGUGGCUUGUUGACAAUAUAUUGUUAAAGAUAA